AUGGGAGUGAAGGGAGCCAAGAUUCUUUCAUUGUCAUCGUCUGUUGCUGGAGCAGUGAUGGUCCCGGUGUUAUCCUCGUAUUUGUGGGAAGCUGCUGCCGAAAAACCUACAAUGAUGAUGUUUGCCAUCGUUGCCAACACUUUCCUUGUCCUGCUUUCCUUCACACCACUUCUCCUUCAUUUUCUGGCAAAGCGUUUCCCAAUUGAUAUUUUUUACAAUAACGAUAAAAAGUUGUAUACGACCAUUCAUUACAAUUUCCUGAUGCAAAAACAAGCACUUCGAUUCUCGGCUGCUGAUGUUGUGGACGCGGCCAUUGCUCCUGAGAUGAAGAAAGUGUGGAUUCCCUUGGCUACCGCAUUCGUUGGAAAACGACCUCUUUUGAUUUCACUGGAUCGAAAUGCGUAUUUGGACAAGUUGGCCUUCGACGAUCUCACUAAAAACGUGCACAUCCCAGCCAAUCAUGAUUGA